AGGUGGAAUGGUAGACUUGGCAGACCGAGGGCAAGUGUAAAGAGGACAAUUGAGGUUGCAGAGGUUGCAACAUCUCAACUCAAUUCUCCCACAACCCGCACUCUUCCCUUCAGCUUCCACUCCCCUCCUCUUCCCUCUUUCCAAUCACCUGUCUGUCACAAUAUAUCCCUAAAUAUCCCCAUUUCCUAAAAUAUGCCCCCUACCUUUCACAUGAACAACUUCAAGCCGUGGGCUCGCUCUUACAGAAAGCCAUUCUCACCAUACAAAUCACCCAAUCCAUACACCCCAAGAACCCAAAAAUCCCCUCGCCCCAAGCCUUAUCAUGACUCCCUUCCAAGCACUUUGCCACUUCCUAAGCAUAAUCUCCCUGCACGGCCACCAGCCGAAGUUUGCGUGCAUAUCAAUGCAAACACUCAGUCGUGUACAUCAUCAAGCUCUCAAUCUCAACCACUGGAAAUAUCUGUACCAGAACAGAAUACAUAUCCGGAGACUCCUGAGCACGGCACAACAUCUUCCCAUGAUUCAGCGCCUCACUUCUCAGAUCCGGAUCCAAUUCCCCGCUGCGAUAUUCAAGACGACACUGAUAUCCCAAUCAAGCCGCCCGCCUUCCGGGGAGAUUCAGCAGAGAAUGCUCUAUCAUCUCCCAGUAUAUCUAGCUCGGAUGACAGUCUAGAAGAGUUCUUCAGGCUUCCGGAUGCACAGGACGACAUUCCCAUCGACCCGGCAAUCCUUUCCAACCACUUGCCUUGGGAGGAUGGCAGCCUCCAGCAAUCUGUCCCACAAGCCGACAGCUUCAUCAAUUCAGAGAUGACUUGUUCAUAUCCUGACCCUCCACCCGUUCUUCACAGCCCACCUAGCUAUCAUCAAGGUUCAUGCGAAAAGGCUGGUGACCAGAACGGCGAUACUCAAACAAGUGACCACUCUCACAUCCAUGAUCAUCAACAACUGCACCCCUUCCAACAUAACACCGAUCCCGACGCUUUCUACCCCGAUGGUGUCCGCGGGGACCAUCACGUCGGUGGACAGUCAAAAAGUUCUAAGCGGAAGACGCAACAAUCAGAUGGGCGAGCUCACAAAUGGCUUCCAGUUCCAUCAAUGUUGCUGACCAGGGAGGAUUCCUUUACGCUUCGCUCUCACUUCAUGUCUGCCCCACUUGAUGAUCGUUUGCAAUUCCUUUCUUGGCUAUUCGAAGGUGCUCUACCACAUUGCAUGCCUAGCUCUUCACUGACAGCAUGUGAAGAGAGAGAUGCGCUGGCAACCAGUUGCUCAAGUACCCCGCAUGAGAUUGAACAAAAUCGGCGUAAUCGUACAAAGGCCCGAGGAGGCUCCAGAAAGAAUAUGCCAUGGUCCAUGGAAGAGGCGAGCCUUCUGCUGAAGCUGAGAAAGGAAGAAAGUCGGUCUUGGUCAGAGGUUGCAAGGUUAUUCUCGGAGCGCUAUCCAGGGAGGACUUUAGGCGCGAUACAGGAAUAGACAUACGAUAUUGGCAUUCUUAACCGUUUACAAUCUAAGAGGAUGAGUUACGGUUCUGCUCAGAUCCAGGCACGCCCCUGCGGCCAUCACUGGGGAUAGCAACA